UAGCGCAUACCCACCUUUGCUACCUUGCUUCUCCACCCACCACCCUUUCAGAUCUUUGUCCUGGCUCCGCCUCUCGCCGGCGUUAUAAUGGGCUGGUCUGAAAGUGGUGGAGAGAGACAGAACCACAGGGGAAGAGAGCGAUAAUGACAAUAACACUAAUAACCCCAAUAACCCGGCUGCUGCCCGCGCCGCAGCGAGGAGCCAGCCCUCCGUCCCGGCACUGACGGGGGCCGAAGCCGGAGGAAAGAAGAGGAGUCACGCCGACGUCCCCCCCAGAGCUUCUCCCCGCGCCCGGGGAGCGCCGGACGGUAACAUCGGCAGCGCCCCGACGAGGACCGGCCUCGCGGGGGGGGGGACGCGGAGAGGAGCCGGCUCCGGCAGCCGCCCGCCCGCUCGCACCGGCUCCGCGGGGGCCUCCUCGCCCCUCUCCUGCGGCCCCAUGGAGCAGCCAGAGUAAGCAGCCAGACGAAGAAAAAGGGGGGGCGGAAAGAGAGAGAGCGAGCGAGCGAGCGCCCCGCCGGGGGAGAAGGAGGUGGAAGCCGGAGGAAGCGCCCCGUUCGCCGCCGAGGGCGGCUGGGCACCGCCGCCCGUCCCCGGCGUCCAGCGGCGGCGAAGAGGCCAGCUCCCCCCCCCCCGCCAGCGACCCCCGGACCGGCCGGGUGAGGCGGGCGCGGAGCCCCGCUGCCCUGCCCGCCGCCGCGGAGCUGUCCAAGCCGGCGCGGGGUCAGAAGCCCCCUCCCCGCCCCGGGGUCGCCUCGCCGCCCCCCGCCGCCCCUGAGGCCGCGCCGAGGGGCGGAGGUCGCGCCCGCCCAGCGGAGCCGCGGGGUGCGGGGGGGCCGCCGCCGCCGCCAUGAAGCUGGAGGUGUUCUCGCAGCACUACGAGGACAAGCUGAGCGCCGGUAGCGACCAGGAAGGCAGCGGCUCCCUCUCCCCGGCGCCGGCCGAGAGCGAGCUGGGCUCGGACGGCGACUGCGCCGCCAACAGCCCGGGCGGCGGGGCCGGGGGACCGGGGCACCCCCCGCCGCCGCCGCCCCCCGCCCCGCAGCAGCCGCCGCCGCCGCCGCCGCCGCCGCCGGCCGAGAGCGCCAAGGGGAAGCCCUACACGCGGCGGCCGAAGCCGCCCUACUCCUACAUCGCGCUGAUCGCCAUGGCCAUCCGCGACUCGGCCGGCGGCCGCCUGACCCUGGCCGAGAUCAACGACUACCUGAUGAGCCGCUUCCCCUUCUUCCGCGGCGCCUACACCGGCUGGCGCAACUCCGUGCGCCACAACCUCUCCCUCAACGACUGCUUCGUCAAGGUGCUGCGCGACCCGGCGCGGCCCUGGGGCAAGGACAACUACUGGAUGCUCAACCCCAGCAGCGAGUACACCUUCGCCGACGGCGUCUUCCGCCGCCGCCGCAAGCGCCUCAGCCGCGCCGCUCCGCCGCCGCAGCCCGCCCGCCCCGCCGCCGCCCCGCCGCCACCGCCACCGCCGCCGCCGCCGCAGGAGGCGGCCGGAGCGGGCGCCGCGUCCCCCCGCGGUUCCCCGCGGUGCUGCUGCGCCUCCUCGCCCUGCAACUGCGCGCCGGGCGCCUCCGCCAAGGAGGCGGCGGGCGGCGGCGGGGCGGCGGCGGCGGGCGGCGGCGGCGCCAAGUUCUCCAGCUCCUUCGCCAUCGAGAACCUCCUCCGGCGGCCGGCGGGGCCCCGCGCCGCCCCGCAGCCGCCGCCGCACGGCCGCCUCCUCUGGCCGGCGCCGCCCGCGCCUCCGCACCUGCUGCCCGGCCUCUACCCGCUGCUCCCCUACCCACCUGCCGCGCAGCCCCCGCCCGCCGCCGCCGCCUUCUACGGCGGCGGCCUCCUGCAGCUCUGCGCCUACGGGCUGGGCGAGCCGCCGCCGCUGCUGCUGGGGGGCGGGCGGCAAGCGUUGGCCCGGGGCGAGCCGCCGCCGGCGGCGGAGCGGCCGCGGGCGCCGCUCUUCCCUGCCGUCAUCGCCAAGGGCGGGCGGGGGCCGCCGCCCGGCUCCCCGCUCUACAGGCCCCUCCGGCUGGCCGGGCCGCUGCAGCCGGCGGCGGGGGGCUCGGCCUCCUUGCAGCCGUACGCCGUGGAGACCCCCCUGGCUUAAUGGAGCCCCCCUCCUCCCCUGCGAGGGGCCUGCCCGGGGAGGCGGGGAGGGGGAAAGGAGGAGGCUCUGGAUCCCGCACUUUAACUCCAGAGGCGACCAAAGCCUCCAAAGCGAAAGCCUCGGUGACUGUGCCUUAAUGAAAUGACAGUGGGUUUAACUUAAACCAAAAAAAAAAAAACC